UAUUAUUUUUGUAACUAAAAAUAGGUUUUUCUUUUUUAUUUGUAAUUUAUUUUUUAGUUUAUUUUUGUUCUUAAGAUUUAUUAAAGUAUUUGCUAUAAUCAUAAUUUUCAUCAUCGAUUUGGUCAUUAACAACUUAAUUUUAAGCAGAAUAUUCUAAAUUGGCGAUUAGGUUUUCCAAUCUAUUCAAAACGAGAUUAGAUUUUUCUUUUUUUUAAAUAAGAAGUGUAUUAUUAUUUAUGUUAUACGAUACAUUUGGUUAAAUAAUUGUAGAUGGAUUUAUCAUAUUAUUUUAUACAUUAGUUUAAUCUACAAAAGAUUAUAUUCUAUCUUCAUUCUUUUUUUCAAAAAUAUUAAUUAUUUUGGGUUUUUUGAAAUUGCUUUAUUUACUAUUAUUUUAUGAUAAGUUUUAUUUCAUAUCUUUUUAUUAUUAAACUAAUUAUAUAUUAGCACUUAUAGGCCUUUGGUUAUUAUUCAUUUAUAAAAUUUGGCUUUUUAAUUAAUUAAGUUUCAUAUGUCUUUAAAUAUCUUCACUAUUAUCAAAUUCUUCACUUUAUAAAGUUUUCUAAUUCUCAGGAUCUUCUUAAUAACUUGCAUUUAUUUAAUUUCUAACAUCAUUUGAAUGAAUAAAUUCUCCUAUUUUUUAUUAAUCUAAGUCAUCAUCGGGUAAGGCAAGUGAUUAUUCGUCAUUAUGAAAUUCGGCUUCUUUCAUUUCUAUUUCUUGUUAAUUGGAAAAAUCUAAUACUUCAGGAGGUACUUCUUCUUCAUAAUUAUUUUUUUCGUUUCCAAUUUCUUAAUCUAUAUAUUCCUCUUCUUCUAAUGAAUUUUAUGUUAUAUUUUCAUGUUGAAUUUCAAAAUUUUAUUCUUAUUAAAUAUCAAGCUUUUCUUCUUCUUUAGAUGUUUUUAAUACUUUUUUUUAUUUAGAUUUUUCUAUCUACAUUUAAAUAUUUUUUUCUUCUUUUUUUUCGGAAUCCUUUUCUUGAUUAUUUAAUUCAAUAUUAUGCUUUUUUAACAUAAACAUAACAUUUUUAUGUAUAUUUUAAUCAAUUUAAUGAUUAUCUUUUACAGUAGAACUAAUUUCACUAAUUUAAGUUUACCCCAAUCCAUCUUCUUCAAUAUUAUUUUUAUUUUAUUGUGGCACAUUUAUAGUAUAAUCAUUUAAAGUAUUUGUAUUUUCUUAAUUGAUUUUAGUUUUUUCAUUAAAGUUUUCUUUUAUUACUUCUUCUUAUUAUUCAUUAUCUUUUAUAUAUUUAGAAUAUCUGCCUUCCUAAAUAUGUUCUUUAAACAUUUUAUAAUAAUCAGCAGUUUUAAUAAGCUAUGUUUCUAUGCCAUAUUAUAUAUUUUGACUUGGAUUUGUGCCAUAUUAUACAUUUUGGCUUGGAUUUGUAAGUUUAUUAUUGGAAUUUUAGAUUUAAUUGUUAUUUAUUUUUUGUUCUUCUUAUUCAAAAUAUUUUUCUGAAUUUUCUUAAUAUUUCUAUAAAUUUUAAUCAUGUCUUUAUAUUUUUUUUGUAUACUUUUAUUUAUUUUCUGAAUUUUCUUAUUACUUUUAUUAAUUUUCUCCAUAUUAUUAAAUAUUUAUUAACUCUUUGUCAUUUUAUUAUAUACUUUGAAAUUAUUCAUCAUGUUUUAAUAUACUUUGAAAUAUAUCUUUUUAAUUAUUUUGUGUAUUUUCUAAAUCUUCUUCAUGUUUAGGCAUUUCUUAAAUUAUUAUUUAUUAGUUUUAUUAAAAAUUUAAUUUUUUCAUUUAAUUGUACUCGUUAAAAUCUCUUAAAAAACUUUAGUUAAAAUUCUCUAUUUAUACAAAAUUACUUUCACAAGGAAGACUAUUUUCAAAAUUGGACUAAUUAUAUUAAAAAGCUUGAUUUUUUUAUAAAGUAAAUUUUUAAUUUUCAUUAUUUUUUAUAUUAGGGUUUUUAUAUUAAUUAUUUAAAUUAUUUUAUGAGAAGUUUUAAAUCUAUUUUUAUUAAGAAAUUAAAUUUUCGUUUUGCAUUUCUUAAAAAAUUUAUUUAUUAUUAAAAGUAUUAUCAUUAAAAAAUUAGCAUUUAUAAAAGUUCUCAUUAUCAUUUAAAUUUUAUUUAAAUUCGCUUAUAUUGUUUAAAAAUGAGUUUUAUUUUUUUAAUAAAUUCUAUAUGUUUUCUUUUGAAAUGUUACCUGAAAUGUAUUAACUGUUUAUAGCUUAUUAAUUGUCUUAAAUUUUACCUAAAUAAUCAAUAUUUUUAUUAAUUUAAACGAUAGAUUAUUUCAAACAAUUUAUAUAAUUAAUCGAGUCUUAUGGAUUUAUAUUAUUAUUCAUCAUUAUUUAAGAAAGAGUAUUCAAAUUUAUCUUUUCUCCAGUUUUUACUUCUAAUUCUUUUUAAAUUUU